CAAUAAAAAAUGGAGAUCACGUCGAUAUCCACGAUUGCUUGCAUUGUACCUUCAACACGAUCAGAAACACUAGAAUUUUCUUCGUUCAACUUCAACACCCAAGAACUUAAGUAUGAACAACGUGACAACGAAUACCAAUUAAGUUUAGAAGAUGAGGAACAAACGUAAAAUUAAAGUAACAUUACUGUGGAAUUGCACAACAACUGACAAAUUAUCGAAAUAGAUUAAAAUGGGGCGUUAACGACGUUAUGACAUCAAUAAGGGCAAUAGACGGUAAUGACUCAACAGACGAAAGAAAGAAAUUAGUCGACUAUGCAUUAGAAGGUUUCGAUGUGGCUUUAUUAUCCAUCAGUGUCAACAACGAUAUGUACAGACAACGCCAGCAAAAUCUGAAUGGAAUUUUAGAAACGCUUGGUCACAAAUUAAACACAUUUGGUCAUACCUACGAAAUCGAAUAUGCUUUUAUCGGUAUGAAAGACGAUGGAUGUUACGAUUUUCGAAAACAAAUGAAUCGUACAAAUGAAUAUAUGCUAAAUAAGGGGAUGGAUGGCCUUAUGAAAAAAGUAGACGAUUUAGCGGAAGUUGUGAAAAUAGUUCAAAAGAACUCCUCAAUACCAACAAUUCUCACUAUAAAAUUACGAAAUUUGAAAGAAAACACAGUUGGACGGCUUGUGUUUAUCGAUUUAUUACAUCCUCGAUUUUCUCAACUAACGAAAACGCAUGACAAAUUAUACGAUUCAUUCUCGAAACUUCGCAAUGCCGUGGCUACCAUCACAUCUGACAAGUCGGCGAAAAUAGAUCUCUCUAACACUUUUCUUACCAAGGAGAUGACAAAAUAUAUAUCCGGUCAUAACAAAUUGGUCAUCUUUGCAUACCUCAACGACAUUAUUUCGACCGAAAUGCAAGCAAGAGAAACAAGAUUUUUACUAGACUUUGUCACCAGUUUGAAAGAUGUCCCAGUACGUAUGUUGCCCAAUCCGACUCAGAGCCAAAUUAACGAAAAACUUUAUAAAAUGCAAAUGGCUAGAUCAGUCCAGAAUAUUGAGGAGCUAACCCAAUCAUUGGCAAAAGCACGAAAUGCCCAUUCUGAUUAUAACGAACGCAUCGCAAUUGAGCGCAAGAAAGUAAGUUACCGAAUUUAUGGUAAUUACAGACCCUGACCAUUUAUUAGCUUAUAGUAUUUGAUGAUAAUAGAACAGAGGAAUUGGGUCUAUUACAGCGAAGGUUAGAGCAAACUGAUAUUUUACGUGAUGUUGAAAUACAAGAUCUGCAAACUACAAUAAG